AUGGCAACGAGAAUCGCAUACGCCACAAUCCUUCUGGUUAAUUCCAUAAUAUCUUGGAUUAUGCUCACGCCAUGGGCUUUGAAGAAGUUGCAACAUUUGACACUGGAUUAUAUGGAGAUCCGAUGCGACGGCAAGGAGUGUCACGGCUGGGUCGCGGUCCAUCGCAUCAACUUCGCCCUUGGUCUCUUCCACUUGAUUUUUGCCCUUUUGCUACUCGGCGUCAAAAGCUCAAAAGAUACCCGUGCUGCUCUUCAGAAUGGAUAUUGGGGUCCCAAAGUCAUCCUUUGGAUUGGCUUUGUCGUCAUGUCAUUCUUCAUCCCCGAGCCCUUCUUCUUUGUCUACGGCAACUAUAUCGCCUUCUUCUGCGCCAUGCUCUUCCUACUUUUGGGUCUGAUCCUUCUAGUGGAUCUUGCGCACUCGUGGGCCGAACUCUGCCUGGAGAAGAUUGAGGACAGCGACUCCCGUGUGUGGCGGGGCCUGCUUAUUGGCUCAACCCUUGGCAUGUACUUGGCAUCCAUCGUCAUGACCAUUCUGAUGUACAUCUUUUUCGCGAACAGCGGUUGCUCUAUGAACCAGGCUGCGAUUACAAUUAACUUGGUCGUGUUUUUGAUCAUUUCCUUUGUGUCUGUUCAACCUGCAGUGCAAGAAUCGAACUCUCGUGCGGGUCUGGCUCAGGCUGCAAUGGUCACCGUCUACUGCACUUACCUCACCAUGUCCGCUGUUUCUAUGGAGCCGGAUGACAACAACUGCAACCCCUUGAUCCGAUCUCGCGGAGCCCGGACUGCCACUGUUGUACUUGGCGCAAUCGUCACUAUGCUGACCAUCGCAUACACCACUACGCGCGCUGCCACCCAAGGAAUCGCUUUGGGAUCAAAGGGCAGUAAUAACUACAUCCAACUGGGCAUGGAUGACAACGAGCAUGGACUGGUAACUCAGCAACCAACUACCCGUCGGGAGAUGCGUGCUGAAGCACUGCGAGCCGCGGUCGAGAGCGGCAGUCUUCCUGCUAGUGCUUUGGAUGACAGCGAUGACGAGGAUGAGUAUGAGACUGCUAAGGACGAUGAGCGCGGCUCCACUCAGUAUAACUACUCCCUCUUCCACAUCAUUUUCUUCCUCGCCACAACAUGGGUGGCCACUUUGCUGGUUCAGGGUCUAACACUGGAGACCACGGAUGACUUUGCACCGGUGGGCCGCACUUACUGGGCUAGCUGGGUGAAGAUCGUCAGCUCCUGGGUCUGCUACGCCAUCUAUCUGUGGACGCUAGUCGCCCCUGUCAUUUUCCCAGACCGCUUUGGUGUUUAUUAG